UAGUCGAGUUGCGAGGGCCGAAAUACGGAAGCCAAUCUCCGGAGGAUGGUUUGAUCGGCGUUGCACGUUCUUAGUCGCGUGUGCCGUGACUCGUAUCGGAUCUUUAGGCUCAAAUCGUGCCUUUGUAAAAUUUAGUGCGGUGCAGUUCUGCGUUUGGUGAAGAAAUUAUAUCUAUAAGAAUAAUAUCGUUAACUCCGGGGAUCGCAAGAGUUUUACCGCGUUGUGAGUUCCUGUCGAUAUGAUCAAAUAUCGUUUAAUUACCGAAAUGCCGAACCCGUUGUACUUUUUGCAAAACGUUCGGGCCUUCAAAGGCGCAGGGGCUUCGAGCGAGGAGAAUACUAUCAACAAUAACAGUAACAGUGACCCUCCGACAACCGGAAAUGAUCUCGUUCAUUUUGGAAACGACGACCCUCCCGGGCCCGUUGUCAUCGAUGUUGGCAGGCACGAGAGCACUCUCUCUACUUGGGAGCGCUGGAUGAAAAAACGUGGGAUCGGAAACGGGGAAAAAAAUACAACACAGAAAGCAGAACUACAAACGAUGAUACCGAAGUCUGGCAACCGGAUUUCACGGGGAAAAUCUCGCGAGGAACCACAAGUAGAAAAAUUGGCCGAAGUCUGUCUCCUCAGCCACAGCCCCUACCGUAUUCUAAGGGCAGCCGAGAGCGGAAGUCUCGAAGAAUUCACACGUCUUUACCGGAACGAACCUGGUCGUCUGAACAUCCAGGAUGGCCGAGGUAGGGCCGCGGUGCAUCAAGCCGCGGCCAGAAACAGAGUCAACAUUCUCCAGUUUAUUCACACCAACGGCGGAAAUAUGAACUUACAAGAUAAUGUCGGAAAUACCCCACUUCACGUAGCCAUCGAAAACGUUUGUCUUGAAGCUAUCGACUUCCUCCUCCUCAACAACGUCGAUACUUCAAUUCUGAACGAGAAGAAGCAGGCCCCAAUUCACAUGGCGACUGAAUUGAACAAAGUGGAUGUACUUAGUACGAUGUUAAAGUACCGAGACAAAAUCGACGUACAACAGGGUGGCGAACAUGGGAGGACGGCGUUGCAUCUCGCUGCCAUCUAUGACCAUGACGAAUGCGCCAGGAUAUUGAUCACCGAUUUCCAAGCUUCGCCAAGAAAACCCUGCAACAACGGAUACUACCCGAUUCACGAGGCUGCAAAGAACGCGUCGUCAAGAACAAUGGAGGUGUUUCUGCAAUGGGGUGAGUCCAAGGGCUGCACGCGAGAAGACAUGAUCUGCUUCCACGACGCCGAAGGCAACGCACCCCUGCACUCGGCUGUUCACGGCGGAGACAUCAAGGCUGUCGAACUUUGUUUGAAAUCAGGAGCGAAAAUAUCAACCCAACAGCAAGACUAUUCUACCCCCGUGCAUCUGGCCUGCGCUCAGGGUGCCAUCGAUAUUGUGAAACUUAUGUUUGCCCUCCAGCCAUCGGAGAAAUACGCAUGUUUGACGUCAUGCGACGUACAGAAAAUGACGCCUCUCCACUGUGCCGCGAUGUUCGACCAUCCGGAGAUAGCUGAGUACCUGAUCCUCGAGGGAGCCGACAUAAACGCACUGGACAAGGAAAAACGGUCUCCGUUGCUCUUGGCUUCUGCUAGGGGCGCUUGGAGAACGGUUCACAGCCUGAUUCGCCUCGGUGCGGAUAUAUACCUGAAGGACGUUAACCACAGGAACGUUUUGCACCUGGUCGUCAUGAACGGCGGAAGGCUGGAGGAGUUCGCGGAAGAAGUAAGCAAGUCCAACGUGAGCCUGCUCCAGUUGUUGAACGAAAAAGACGACACCGGAUGCUCACCUCUCCACUACGCCAGUCGCGAGGGUCACAUACGGAGUCUGGAGAACCUCAUACGUCUUGGAGCUUGCAUCAAUCUGAAGAACAACAACAAAGAAAGUCCUCUUCAUUUUGCAGCAAGGUACGGGAGAUACAACACCGCGCGGCAGCUUCUCGACUCGGAGAAGGGAACAUUCAUAAUAAACGAAAGCGACGGGGAAGGCUUGACGCCACUGCACAUCGCCUCUCAGCAAGGACAUAUGCGAGUUGUUCAGCUACUUUUGGACAGAGGUGCCCUUCUUCAUCGAGAUCACAACGGGCGGAAUCCUCUACACCUAGCAGCAAUGAGCGGCUACACUCAGACCAUGGAGCUUCUCCACAGCGUCCACUCGCAACUGCUGGACCAAAUAGACAAGGAUGGCAACACGGCAUUGCACCUGGCUACUAUGGAGAACAAACCCAACGCCAUAUCCCUAUUACUAUCAAUGGGCUGCAAGCUGCUCUACAAUUUUAUGGAUAUGAGUGCGAUCGAUUAUGCCAUAUAUUACAAAUUCCCUGAAGCGGCGUUGGCAAUGGUUACUCACGAGGAGAGGGCCCAAAAAAUCAUGGCUAUGAAGUCGGACAAGCAUCCCUGCGUGACUCUCGCCCUGAUCGCAUCCAUGCCACGGGUGUUCGAAGCCGUCCAGGACAAGUGUAUUACGAAAGCGAACUGCAAAAAGGACUCGAAAUGCUUUUACAUCAAAUAUUCCUUCGCCUGCCUCGAGUGCCCGACCCAGGAUGAUAAAUUUGGUGAAACUUUAGUAGCAGCCGCACCUGUUCCCCUCCCGGCUCUCAAUGCCAUGGUAAUUCACGGCAGAGUGGAGCUUCUGGCACAUCCCCUCAGCCAAAAAUACCUACAAAUGAAAUGGAAUUCUUACGGGAAAUAUUUUCACAUAGCCAACCUUCUCUUCUACACGAUUUUCCUCACCUUCGUCACUCUCUUCUCGUCGCAGCUGAUGAACAUGACUAGUGGGAACAGGAUGCUAAUCGACAUGAACAAUAUGAACGGAUCUAACGUAACCAUGAACGAAGAAAUUCGACAGCGUCUCUCGACAACCGAUGACUUCAAAACAACCACGGCAAUGUCAGUCAGCGCAACGGUGACGAUGAUAUACGUAACACUGAGCGUUUUCCGCGAAUUACUUCAGCUAUACCAGCAAAGGUGGAAGUAUCUACUUGACCCGACGAAUCUGGUCUCUUGGCUCUUAUACAUAUCUUCUAGUAUAAUGGUCGUGCCAAUUUUCAUCGGUAGACUCGACGAGAUACAGUUUUCUUGCGCAUCGAUCACCGUUUUUCUUAGCUGGUUUAAUUUGCUAUUACUGUUGCAAAGAUUCGAUCAGGUCGGGAUAUACGUCGUCAUGUUCCUCGAAAUACUGCAGACGUUGAUCAAAGUGUUUCUCGUAUUUUCCAUCCUCAUUAUCGCAUUCGGUCUCUCCUUCUACAUUCUCCUGUCGAAGGGCAACCACAUCUCGUUCAACAGCGUACCGAUGUCACUUAUGACAACGUUCGCCAUGAUGCUGGGGGAAAUAGACUUUCACGGAACCUACGUCGAGCCUUAUUACCAUCGCUGCACCAAGUGCCGUCCUGAGGAUACUAAAGGUCUACCCUUUCCACUACCAGCCUUCAUCAUACUCGGUCUAUUCAUGGUUCUUAUGCCGAUCUUACUCAUGAACUUGCUCAACGGUCUAGCAAUUGGUGAUAUAGAAUCCGUCCGCAGGAAUGCUCAAUUGAAGAGAUUGGCCAUGCAGGUUGUCUUGCACACCGAACUCGAGAGGAAACUACCCCAAAUGUUACUGAGAAAAGUUGACAAAAAAGAACUGAAAGUCUACCCAAACGAAAUGAAAUGCAAGCUUGGUUUUCUUGACUUCGUGCUGAAGAAAUGGUUCUGUAAUCCAUUUUCAGAUGACGACGAUGCGCGCAGAGUAGCGGUAGAAAAUCAACCAGGAUUUCCAGCUGCCAACCGAGCUCACGGUACAGACAUGGUGCUAGAAAAUAAUGAAGAUUACGUAACUCAGGAAUUGGAGAAACAAAAACGGCGACUCAAAGAAAUCACUCUGUCGUUGGAAUCGCAACACCAGCUAUUGCGUCUGAUAGUACAGAAAAUGGAGAUAAAAACCGAGGCUGACGACGUGGACGAGGGUGUGUCUCCUGGUGAAUUGAGACUUGUACUAAAGAUGAACAACAAAUGGAAUUUUCCAAGGAAUAACAGAAAACUCCGAAGUGCCGUGAGCUUUAACAGAGGAUCGUUACCGUAGAGUAUUUUCCGGAGGUCAAACCUUGUCGCCCUUUGAGGGUUUUGAUGUGUGGGUAUAUAAAUUCGCCUACUUUGAUAUGCGCUAACAAGAAACAGUAUUUACGGUGCUUAAUUACGAAUUCAAUUUCAGGGGCGCAAAGAAUAUAGUCCGUGCGUAACACAGGCGCGAAUUGAAUGUUGUGAUAUCGAUAACAGAUAAUUUUAGUACACUUGUUUGAUGUAUUGCCAUAUUUCAAUUCAUUCACUAUAUAGACCAACUGCAUUUAUCCCUUUCGAAUUUGCUUGUGCAACUCAAGUGCCAGUCGUGAUUUUUAUACAUGAAAAGAUUGAAAAAGGAAAAAGAAAACUAUUUUGUUUUCGAACAUUUAUUCAGACUAUAUUUAAUAAUGUAGGUCAAUUUUUACAUUAUACUUAUUAGAUUGAGAUAUAGAUACGUAACACUCAUGUACAAAGUACAUGGUGCACUUCUGAACUCGUUAAAUCGUAAUGAUUGUUUGCUAAAGUGUUACAAAUGCCGUACAUUCCGUACUGUUACGAAUGAAUGCCUUAAUUGUUUUCUACUUGGAAAUGACGAUGAAACUUCGUAUCGUGUAGGGAAUUCACGAUACUUAGGGUAUAAUAAUAUUAUAUGAAUCGAUUUUAUGGAGGGUGAGGGAGCUGAGAUUUAGGUGAAACUGACUGCCGGUACAGUGUAUUUUAUACACUACGAUAUGGUGUGGCGGAUAGUAGAUAGGCUGAGAUUUGUUUACUCGUAAAUUUUAAAACUUAUGAAGAAUCGAGUAUGCACUUAAACGGUCUACAAAAAGUGCAGGGAAAGCUUUACCUGCUCGGCGGACUGGUUAAUGAAUGCAGUUUUUAUCACUACAAUUUAAAUUUAGGUAAAUAACUAAGAGAAUUGACGAAGCGAUGAAACUCCGAAAGUACCAAAAAAAAAAAAAUUUAUAAAUCGUAUAAAAAAUACUAAUUUAUAUAUACAUCAUUACGUAUGUUAAGGUAAUUCAUCUUGGAACAAAAUUUUAGUUUAUAUAUCGAUGUAUUGUUGUAUAAAUAAAAAGCUGUUUUCAGUGUCAAA